CUUAUGCUUUAGAUUGUUUGGGGUGAAAUGCACACGGUGCGGCGAUCGCCUUCUUCCCCAAGAAAUGGUUAUGCGCGCCCAGCAAUAUGUUUUUCACAUACAAUGCUUUGUGUGCGUCAUGUGUUGUCAACCGCUCCAAAAAGGAGAACAGUACGUCAUACGUGCUGGACAAAUAUUCUGCAGGCAAGAUUUUGAGAAAGAGAUGUAUCUUAUGCAGCACGCAGAAGACGAUAUGAUUAUAGACGAUGCCGAACGGCCUCGUGACGGCAGGCGGGGCCCAAAGCGACCACGCACCAUCCUCACUUCAGCUCAACGUAGACAGUUUAAAGCAUCAUUUGAAGUGAGCCCAAAGCCAUGUCGUAAAGUGCGCGAAGCUCUCGCCAAAGAUACAGGUCUCAGCGUCAGAGUGGUGCAGGUGUGGUUCCAGAACCAAAGGGCGAAAAUGAAGAAAAUUCAGCGAAAAGCUAAGCAGGAAGGAGACAAGAGCUCUGAAAAGGAUAAGGACAAAGAGGAGAAAUCUAUCAAACAAGAGUCGCCGACCAGCGAGCAUGGAAACUAUUUGGGAUUGGAUGGUUCGUACUCUGCUUCUAGUCAGCCUUUGAACCCUAACUUGCCGUAUUCUCCAGAUGACUACCCAGCACACUCAGGCGAUAGCUUCUGCAGUUCUGAUAUAUCGCUGGAUGGCAGCAACUUCGAUCAGCUGGACGAAGGCGCGUCCGACACGAUGAGCCUGCAGAAUCUCGAAGUGCAGCACCACUCGCAUCAGCACGGGUCGCAUUCGGCCCAUGAGCCGCUCAACCUCGGCAAUGGUGCCAUCGUCAAUCCAAUAGACAAGUUAUACCUCAUGCAGAAUUCUUAUUUCAGUACUGAUCAUUGAUUCAACGGUAGACGUAGCACUGGCAAAAGCCCAAAGGCCGGCCAGCGUCUGCGCCAAAACUCCGCCAUGGACUUGUGCAUCAAGUCGUACGUCAAGCCAACUGCGACAGAAACAAGCCAUAGUGUCACCUACUCACGUGAGCACCCAAUGAGCAGUACAGUGGAAGAGAACCAUUAUUUCAGCGGACAUUACUCGACGCAGCUACUGUAAACGAGACCGUAAGCUUGCGUUUACGUUUAUUUAUGUCCUUAAUAAAUUUAUUAGGAUGAAAAUAAUGGUCUUGAAUUUAUGCAAACAUAAUUGUUAAAUGUGAGUAAUUAUUUGAAAUCCAGAGUUAACUAUGUAAAUAUUGUACAUACAUACCCACUAAUUAAUUUACUCACAUGCAAUUAAAAUAAUAUAAACACUUAUAUGUACACAGCGUGCGUAACAUCCAAAAUGUUAUGGAUUGUAAAUAUUAAAAGACGAUUGCUUACCCAUUUUCUGUAUAUUGUAUAUAUUUAUUGUAUUCCAUACGAUUAUUGGUCUCGCAAUAAUUACUGUUUUUCUGAUCAACGGAAUGAAUGUAAAGUAGAUAUCUUGUUUAUAUACCAUGCUUGUUUAGACUAAUAAUUUAUAAUUAAAAUAUUAUGUAAUUGAAAUGCAAACACGAUCUAGUCGGUUUAGUGAUAGUUCAACCAAAUAUUAGAUGGCAUUAAUAAUUUAAAGUAAAUGGUGCUUACUAAAUAAUGUAAGUUUCUAUAUGUCCCGCAUGUUACCUUACCGUUAGCGUUAUGAUAUUCAGCCUCAAGUCAGAUUUAUUCAGCAUUGGUAUUAAUUAGCCAAUUUCAGUGAAUCGAGUAAUUUUCAUAUAAGUAUUAGAGUUUAUUAGCAUAAUACUUAAUUUGUUGCCAAAUAGAGUUUAUCAAAUAAUAUCAAUAGUUUAUAAUUGUACUGAGAAUUAGGCUUUUACAUCAAUAGAUUCUUUACUUGAUGUUGUGUGAAAUUUUAAAAAAUACGUAGU